UGUGAACUCGAGAAUCUUGCACAAAUUCUGUCAUACCUACAAUAAUGGCCGCUGUGCGCAGACUAGGAGUCAUAUUUAGGAGUUUGUCGCUGUCGUCAGCUACACGGAAUGCGCUUUUUCGUUCUCCGGUCAAGGAUAACCGAUGCAUACCCCGAGGGAUAGCGGUUGCUGUGGGCGUUGCGACCGGAGGAGCGGUGUUGUAUUGUUACUAUUCAGAAAUGUGCGGAUUCAGAGGGAGGAAAGCCCCGAUAAAUGGAAUAGGCUGUCGGGCUCUGCUGCCUUCACUACCCGCUGUAGCCGCCAAGGAGAAGGCUCCACUGUUUGAUUUUGAUGAAAGUGAGGUGUACAUGUCGUCUCAUGAGCAUCGUUUCCGUCUCUUCAGCUCAGUGGAGUAUGAGGGACAGCUGUACAUGACUCCUCAGAACUUCAUCGAGUCGGUCACCAUGAGCGAACCCCGCAUAAGGAAACCUUGGAAGUCCCUCAACAAACAGGAGCUGGAGAAGAUCUUGUCUGACACUCCACCAGUGUGGAAAGGAACAUCUAAGCUGUUCCGGAACCUUCGGGAAAGAGGCAUCAUCGCUUACACGGAGUAUCUCUUUCUGCUCAGCAUUCUGACAAAGCCUCAUGCAGGCUUUAAGAUUGCUUUUAACAUGUUUGAUGCUGACGGUAACCAGAUGGUGGAUAAACGGGAAUUUCUUGUGUUGCAAGAAAUCUUUCGAAAGAAAAAUGAGAAGAAAGGAAGAAGGGGAGAUGUUGAAAAAUCUGCUCAACUGAGUAUGCAGCUCUAUGGAUAUCAGGUUGCCCCCAUCAACAGCGUGCUAAAAAAAGAGAGUCAGGAGUUUGUGCCCAGGAGCUACUGGGAUAUACUGAGACGUGGCGCGAGCCAGGCCCUGUUUUCUGAUCUGGCAGAGCGUGCCGAUGAGAACAUGAUGAUUGACACCACUCUGCUUGUGCACUUCUUUGGCAAGAAAGGAAAGGCAGAGCUAACAUUUGACGACUUCUACAGAUUUAUGGAUAAUCUGCAAACGGAAAUGUUGGAGAUCGAGUUCCUGACUUAUUCCAAAGGCAUGACCACCAUCAGCGAGGAGGACUUUGCACGGAUUUUGCUGCGCUACACUAAUGUAGAAGAUAUCCGCAGCUAUCUGGAGAAUGUGCGGCAGUGUAUACCUGAUGAGAAGGGCAUCACCUUUGAAGAAUUCAGGUCUUUCUUCCAGUUCCUCAAUAACCUCGAAGACUUCGCCAUUGCCAUGCAGAUGUACAACUUUGCAUGUCGCUCCAUUGGACAAGAUGAGUUUGCUCGGGCAGUGUAUGUUGCAACAGGCCUUAAGCUGACCCGUCACCUCGUUAACACCAUCUUCAAGAUAUUUGAUGUGGAUCAUGAUGAUCAGCUCAGUUACAAAGAGUUCAUUGGUAUCAUGAAGGACCGGCUGCACCGUGGAGGCAGGGGCUAUAAGACCGUAGAGCGUUUUACUUCAUUUAAAUCAUGUCUGAAGAAGGAACUGGCGGGAAGCAGGUGAAUGAAAAUCAGGAACAUGGCUUUUCUGGCUCAGAAUGAAACUGAUUUGUCUGCUCUGGAAACGUUUGAGAGAAGAUAUAGUGCUAGAGAUUCCAUCAUAAAAUCUACCUCCUCCUCUUCUGAUUUUGAAUUCUUGGGCAACUUGGAUUGUGAUAGUGUCUCUGCGUUCAGUGCUCUACACUGCAUGUUCAAGUAUCUGCACAGGCCUGCAUGAUCAAACUUUAUUCUGUAAUCAACUAUUAAUCUAUUAAUAAUUUGCAUGCAACCUGGAGGACGGCAUAUCUCUCUGCUGUGUAUCUGAAUUUCAGCUGGUAUAAUUUGUAUAUGUUUUGAAGUUGCUUUGAUGGCUGUCGUGGCAAAGUAAAGAAAUAUUUUUCUUUUGCAUUUUUAAUAGAAAUGUUUUAAGCAAGAUGAGUUACUCAUUGUGGCCUUUUAUUGGUUAUAUUUAUACUAUAUUAUAUUGCAUCAUGCCAUACAUUUCAUUAUGCCAAUUACAAACAAAGAUAUUUUUUCCCACUUUCAGGAUUGUUAAAAUAUAAUCAUACUGAGUGAAAACAGUAAUCCUUUAUGGUAAUAGGCAACCAAAAUCAUAAAUUGGGUUUGAAAGAGAUUAUGUAGCUCAUGUAGCAUUAAACCCAAUAAUCAGCAUUGCCUUAAUCUAAAAUUGUUAUUUUAUCACACAAUUUAUUUUUGAACAGGUAUGAGUGUACAAAGAUUGUCUGAGGCAAUUAACAAAAAGUCUAAACAUGCUUUUUAGACUGUACUGUUAUGCAAGCAUUUAACAAAUACAGACCUGAAAUUCCAUAUUAUGCAAGUCAAUAAAGUGGUUUCAAUAUGCAAAUUUAUCACUGUGUUUUUUAAGAUCGAUGUGUCCAAUGAUUCUGUAUGACAUAAUAGGUAUAAUCUUAAUAUAGUCUGUACACAUGUUCUUAUAUUAGAGUAUUAUUUCUCCAUGAAUGUAUUCUGUGCAUAUUUAAAACAUUUAUAGGAGAAAUAGAUUGUGCUCAGAAAAAGUUUCCAUUAGUUACAUUUUGAAACGUGCUGCUGGCUGUAUUUGGUUAUUAAACUUAUUUUAAGGACGUAUGUCUUCAGAAUACCGCAAGUGCUGUUUUCUGGAUUAUAACAAAUAUUAUGAAAUUACCUGGAAGAAAAUAAAUAUGAACCGAUUGAACAGUUUUCACUCUUAUCGGAACCUUUAUAAAGACUAGGCGGUUUCCCUCCGGACAUUUGUUAGUGCUGCACCAAUUCACCAUAAAACCCUACAGACACACGUCAACGUCUAUAUGUAAAUAAUGUAUUCUUUAUUUACUGUUAUAUGUUUUAAUAUGUAUUUUCACAUUAUGUUUUUGUUCGAAAGUCUCAUAUGUGACGUUUUGUCUAUUUUAUUUAGGAAUACGUAUGCUCUCUCUUGAUUGGUUGCUUUAUCACGCGUUGUUUGAUUUGCAUUAUGGGUAACUGCAUGUUUGACAAUGAUAUAGGUGUAUUUAUAUUUUUACUACAAUAAGAACAAAGUAUUUUACAUUAUUUAUAAUAUAUGUACAAAAAUAAGAACAAUGUUGCAUAUUCAAUUUCAAUGUGUUGGUUGUUUUUAUCAUCGAUGAUAAUGGUGAGCACUAGUAAAUAUGGAAAUAUAUGUCAGUAUGACUGGAAAAUCGUGUAUUCUAGAUGUGAACAGGAGUGAGAUGUGUUUGUAUUAGUUGUGUGAAGUGUUGGUGAUUGUUAAAAUACCAGUGUUUAUACAAUUUGCUUUACACAGUUAUAUGAAGUGUAACGAUGACGUAAACCUCUGAUCACCGUCUUUGAGACGCAAAGUGUCAGAAUAGAGAUGAGCUGGUUUUAGUCAGUACAGGUUAAGACUAUACUUUCAGGGAUCAUUUCUAUAGUUCUUAACUAGGAAAUGUGUUUCGAAAGUGAUGCGUCUCCCAAACCACGAUGAUGAGCUUUGAUGCUUUUCUCUGAGCGUGAAUCGGAAGUAGAGUAAUGAUUCAAUUCAUAAGCUUUACAUCAUUGAUGAACGUUCCUCAAUGUGAUUUCACAGAGAGGAGGAGAAGAGUAUGAACAGAGUGGUUCUUUUUAGAGAGUUAAGAAUAGAUAUGUGGGUUUUUCAAGAUUGUCUUAUUUGGAAUUAGCAAUGAUCCAUAUGAAAUUGAGAAAGAUGUGUAUUCUAAUGAAAUUAUUCAGAUCCGCUUUGAUAUCUAGAUCUGAUUUUGAGCAUAUAUAUAUACGUAGAUUGAAAUUGUUCUAUAAAUGUUUUAAUUAAGAAAACAUUAAAAUCAGCACAAUUGAUUUCAGAUGCUUAAUAAUGAAUUAAAGAAAUUGUAGAUUUCUGUGUACACCCUAGAUAAUAAAAAUGAGUUUUAAUCACUUAUUACAAUAAACGUUGUCACAACGUAUGAAGAAGAGUUGAUGCAACAAUAAAGAUCAAUUGCCAAGAAAUAUUUCAGAAUAUGUAAGAUUUUUAAUAAAUAUCAAAUAUAUUCGGGUGAAUUAAUUUAAACAUUUGUGUGUGUGUGUGAGACAGACUUUACACGUGACACUUGAAACUUAAAUCAAAUAAGUUAUAUUUCUGCUUAACCGAUACGUUUAUUAUUAAGCGUCUGAGAAACAUUCUGUGGCACACUUCCGCGCAAAUUGUAAAAUAUUAAAUAUAGAAAAUUGUUUAAUGUUUUAUUCAAAUGAUUAAUUUCUUAAGUCACAAUUCAGUGAAGUGAAAAAAGUUUUUGAAGUAACUGAAAAAAAAAUGAAUGUUUGGUUUCAUUUUUGCAUUUACAGCAUAAGGUCUGAAAAUUGAAUUGUGAAACGUUACACUACAUGGAUCCUUAUGAUAUGAGACAUUUUGAGGCGCCUAACUGUUAGUAAAUUAAGUUUGCAGUUGAGAAUUCAGUUCUCAAUAUUCUGUACUAUAGAAUUUAAGUAUGUUACGUAUUGUGUUAUACAGUAUGGAGGAAAAGAGAAUUAUCCGAGUUUUUUUUUUUUUUUUUUUUUUUUUUUUUGGAAGGUGUUAGUAGAUUUAGUGAACUUUAAUUUUCUUAGUGUUAUUUGUUUUUCAUAUUUCUCGUUUUAUAAAGAAAAGUUACACCUGGCAUUAUUCAAUCUGCAAUUAAUUAUUAUUAUUGUAUUUUAUUUGGAUUAUUUUAAUGAGACGCAGAAAAUGCUAUUGUUGACGGUGUAACUUUUCUCAUCGCAGUUGUUAGGUUGUGUCACCAUCUUUGAGACUCAGAGUGUCAGAACAGAGAUGAGCUGGUUUUAGUCAGUACAGGUUAAGACUAUACUUUCAGGGAUCAUUUCUAUAGUUCUUAACUAGGAAAUGUGUUUCGAAAGUGAUGCGUCUCCCAAACCACGAUGAUGAGCUUUGAUGCUUUUCUCUGAGCGUGAAUCGGAUGUAGAGCAAUGAUUCAAUUCAUAUGCUUUACGUCAUUGAUGAACGUUCCUCAAUGUGAUUUUACAGAGAGGAGGAGAAGAGCAUGAACAGAGUG